GGUGGGGUUAGUCUGUAAAUCGUUGCCGUAUGGCGACGAUAUGCAGUGGUGGAAAGUAUCAUGUAGUCAAAAAUGACACAAAAUGUUAAAUCGGAGAUUAAUGAAUUGUUUCCGUACGGCAAAACCGUGCAGUGAAGGGGGUUAAGAGACGUCCCUUUGGCUUUAUAUUCGGAAUCUGGUCCCCCCGUGGUAUCUGCUUUCAGCACAGAGUUGUGGAAUAAGAAUGUAGUCUAUAGGGGAGUGAAAAGUUGAAGUCCUUUAGAUACUCUUGAACGAGGAAAGACGAUGAAAAGACACUCCACUGAUGCAUAUACACCCAGUCCAAAUGUGUAUAAGAAAUGAGUACACACACACACACACACACACACAUAUCAUCAUCAUCUGCAUACUCCAUUCCUGCUCAACUUCUCCCUACUGAAAUCAUCCAUGGAGCUGAAAAUAGAAAGUAUGUGAAAGCACACAAAUGUAUUAGUGUUAACUCGGAGUGCGUGUGUGUGUGUGUGUGUGUGUGUGUGUGGACAUACAUUCUAACAAGAUGCAAUAUUUUUGCAGAUACAUAGCCUACAAUAUCUACAACAGCUUUUCCUGACCUCACACACACACACACACACACACACACACACACACACACACUUCAGUGUAAAUGGAGUGUAAAAAGAUCCUGAAAUAAAUCUGCCUGUAUAUGAGAAGCUGCAUCUUCUCCACCUCCUUCUCAUCAUUCCGCUCUUCCUUUUCCUCUUCCAUCAGACGCUCACCAGUUCUCCAGUGCUCCAUUCUCCACAGCUUCAUUAUGCACAAAUGGAUACUCACAAUCUGGAAUUUUUUUUUUUUUUUUUUAAAAACAACAACAACAACAAAAACAAUUAUUAUGAUUAUUUUUGAUCUUCCUCCUGCUUGCUGCUUAGACACUCAUCCUGUUCCUUCACACACUUCUUCCGUCUAGUGGAGUUCCUGCAUUAUCUCUACAUCUUUGUGCACAGGAUUAUGAAUAGUAUUAGUAUUAGACGCUAUCAUUUCUUGUGUAGCUCUUAAAUGAUUUUUAAUCACUAUAAUCCGGGGGGGUGGAGUGCGUGCAUGUCUGCAACUGACAUACGCAUCAAUAAUUUUACUUGCAAAAAAAUAAAAAUAAAUAAAAAAUAAAUAAAAUACAUGCGUCAUGCAUUUAUAUCGUGUCAGAUCGACACAGAGAUUUUUAUUUAUUAUUUUUUUUGCACCUCAAACCCAGACGUAUUUAAGGAUUAAAUAAAAAUUAUUUCCUUAAAACAACUUCUUACUUUAGGAAAGCGACCUACGGUUUUUGGACAACUUUUCUUUCUUUCUUUCUUUCUUUAUUUCUUUCUUUUUCUUUCUUUCUUUUUUUUUUUUUCUGCGACGCGACAUACAAAUAAAUCCUCCGUAUGAUUUAUUCCACAUGAAUAACUGUGAAGCUUCGCUUCGGGUUCAUUCUUGGAGGCGCAUUUUAUUCUAAGGGCCUUAACAUAAGAAAGAAAGCAAAGCAAAGCAAAACAAAACAAACAAACAAACAAAAAGAAACAAGGAGACAAAUUAUCUGUCGGUCCUUUGGCUGGUACGACUCUUUAUGAACUAUUGUUUGUGAGGGUGUGAUGAAGUCGGUUUAGGUCAUUUUAUUUUAUUUAUUUAUUUAUUUAUUUAUUUAUUUUUGGGGUGCGUAAAAUAGAAAAUUCCUUCUAAAAUCACUAUAAUAGCACCGUAAUAUCACUUACAUCACUAACACACUAAACGAUUUAUAAUCUAAGAGAUUAAGGUGCAAACUUCAAGUCCCAAGUUGUUUUGAAGCUGAAUUUAUGCUGAUAAAGAGAAGUCGGGCCGAUAAAGAAAAAAAAAAAAAAUAAUAAUAAAAAAAAAAUAUAUAUAUAUAUAUAUAUAUAUAUAUAUUUUUUUUUUAAAUGAAGAAAUGAUAAGCUAAUCUUUCAUUUAAAUAAUUGUUUAUCAUGUCAUAUUUUCUUUCCUAGUGAUAUAUUAAAUGCAAGCAAUUGAUACAUUAUAUAUUUAUACGCAUUCAUAUUUUUUUUACUGAUUUAAACGCAGUGAUGUUUAAUAGUAUGUGAGUAAGUACAAAGUGCUGGAUAGUGAGGAAGAGACAGUCGUGUGUGUGUGUGUGUGUGUGUAUGUGUGUGUGUGUGUCCACUGCUGGUUCCUCUGUCUUUGCUCCCCUAUAGCUGUGUGUAAAGUCACCACUAGUCGCCCCCAGUGCUCUUGCUCUCUCUCCAGUUUGUCUUUCCUUUCUUUUUCUUUUUUUUUCUUCCCUCCCUCCACCCCUCCACCAUCACUACCACCACCACCACCACCACCACAACCACCACUGUAUGCUGGACUUAAACGUCACGUCCGCACAUGAACUUGAAUUUUUAUCCCAUCGCAGGGAGCCACAGACACACAGAGCGGAGAGACAGAAAGAGAGGAGAGAGUGAGAGGAGAGGCGAGAGAGAAGAGAAGAGAAAGGACAGAGAGCUCCCGGACAAACAGGACGCGCAAGAGAAAGGCACGCGGGGAGGAAAAAAAAAAAAAAAAAGAGCGAGAGAGAGAGAGAAAAGAAAGCAGCUCGCAGGUGUCCUGGUGCAUUAUUAUUAUUAUUAUUAAAAAAAAAAACAGAAAGAAAGAAGAAGAUAAAUAAGAAGAGGAGAGAAGAGGAGGUGGAGGUGAAGCCUGAUGUGGCCGGAGCGCAUAGAGGAGCAGAGCGCAGGGAGCCGGAGGAGCGCGCAGUCGGAAACACCGCGCCAGCACUGAGCUCGCGCUCUGCCGCGGACACACACACACACACACACACACACACUCACACACACACACACACACACACACACACCACCGGGAUCAUCACAUGAUUACAUGAAUGCAUUAUUCUUUCUGACCAGCACGUGCAUGCAUGCUCCGGAGCAGCUGAGCUUCCUCGAGCUUCUUCGUCCUCAAAAUAAAAUAAAUACCAAUAAAAAAAAAAAGAUUUCAAAAGGAUAUUGGACAAACACAUCGCACUCUUCAUUCUUCUUCUUGUUCAUCGUCUUCACCCUCACCUCACCUGAGCGCGUAAGAGCCUGAAAGAGCCGUAACAGCGCGUGCUGGCCGGGCAGGUCAACAAACUCCAAAAGUUGCCCAAGAUUUAAAAAAAAAAAAAAAAAAAAAAAACAGAGAAGAAGAAGAAGAGGAAGACGCAUAAAGGGUCAAAAAGGACACGGAGAAAUCUGAGUACGCCGGGGAUGCCACUGUAGCUGCCAGUGUAGCUGCCAGUGUAGAUGCCAGUGUAGAUGCCAGGCAGGGCGAUGUCCCGUCGCAAGCAGGGAAACCCUCAGCAUCUAUCACAGAGGGAGAUUAUAAGCACUGAAGCUGAGCAUGUGGAUGCAGACCUGUCGCUGGCCGAACUCGCCGGCCACCACACCCCCAUGCUGCUGGAUCCCAACAUGGUCGCCCCUCUGCCCCAGGGUCUCGGAGACCACGAUCUCCUGACUUGUGGCCAGUGCCAGGAGACCUUCCCACUGGGCCACAUCCUGCUCUUCAUCGAGCACAAGAAGAAGCAGUGCCACGGCCCCGCCGGCACCCACGGCUGCUACGACAAAAUGGCGGACCGCAGCAGUCCCUCGCCGCCCCGCGCCGAGCUGAGGAAGGUGGAGGAACCGGUCGAAAUCGGAAUCCAGGUGACACCCGAGGAUGAAGACGAUAGACUGCUGACGCCUCCGAAAGGAAUUUGCCCUAAGCAAGAGAGCGGCCUGGCAGGUAGAGAUGAACCUUCGAGCUACAUAUGCACGUCAUGCAAGCAACCCUUCCCCAGCGCCUGGUUCCUCCUGCAGCAUGCCCAGAACACCCACGGGAUCCGCAUCUACCUGGAACCCAAUGGCUCCAACACGUCGCUCACUCCACGGAUCACUCUUCCUCCUCCUAUUGGUGCUGAGUCCAUACCCCAGUCCCCUCUGACCAACUUCUUAGGGGACAACAACCCCUUCCAUCUGCUCCGGAUGACUGGGCCACUGCUUCGAGAACCCACACCGGGCUUCGUUGAGAACCGUCUCCCAAACACCCCCCCCUUUGUUAGCCCCCCUCCACGCCACCACCUAGAUCCCCAUCGCCUGGAACGCCUUAGCGCCGAGGAAAUGGGUUUGAUUUCCCAGCAUCCCAGUGCCUUCGAGAGAGUGAUGCGCUUGACACCCAUGGCCAUGGAGACCCAGUCCAUGGAUUUCUCGCGCCGUCUGCGAGAGCUGGCAGGUAACAACAACUCCACCCCUCCGCUCUCACCCAGUCGUGCCAACCCUAUGCACCGCCUGCUCAAUCCCAACCCCUUCCAGCCUAACCGCAAGUCACCCUUCCUGAGCACCCCUCCACUGCCACCAAUGCCCCCAAACAGCACCACGCCACCUCAGACACAGGACAAGAGCAAAUCCUGCGAAUUCUGUGGGAAGACCUUCAAGUUCCAGAGCAACCUGAUAGUGCACCGGCGAAGCCACACAGGAGAGAAGCCUUACAAGUGUCAGCUGUGUGAUCACGCCUGUUCUCAGGCCAGCAAGCUGAAGCGCCACAUGAAGACCCACAUGCACAAACCCGGCUCAGUGACGGGUCGCUCAGACGAUGGUCUCUCUGCCACUAGUUCACCUGAGCCAGGCACUAGCGACGUCACAGGAGAUCCCAUGAAAAACAGGGAUGGUGACUUCCAAGGCGAGGGACUAGGGCCAGACAAUGAAGAAGAGGAGGAGGAUGAAGAAGAGGAGGAACUGGAGAACGAGAGUAGGCCCGAGUCAAACUUUAGUAUGGACUCGGAGUUCAGCCGUAACAGGGAGAAUGGCUCCAAACCUCCAAAUGAUGAGAAGAGCCUCUCCUUGGGUAAAAUGGUAGACAAUGUGGGGCUGAACUCUAUUCAGCAGUACAAUAACUUGAUUGUUGACAAUCGUAAAAGGCUUCCCUUUUCAAAGAGGGGCUCUGAUGGACAGAGAGACACAGGAGAUGAGGACUCGGUGGUGGAGGAAAUGGAUCAUGUGGAGCGGGCCACCGUGAACGGCAGGAACUGUGGCUCGGGUGAUUCUUUCUCAGGCCUGUUCCCUCGCAAGCCCACCCCUAUCACCAGUCCCAGCCUCUCCAACUCCUCCAAAAGGAUCAAAAUAGAGAAAGACUUGGACAUGCCCCCAGCGUCUCUAAUCCCCUCUGAGAACGUCUACUCCCAGUGGCUGGUGGGUUAUGCAGCGUCACGGCACUUCAUCAAAGACCCCUUUCUCGGCUUCACCGAUUCCAGACAAUCGCCUUUCGCCACCUCCUCCGAGCACUCGUCAGAAAACGGCAGCCUGCGGUUCUCCACACCUCCUGGGGACCUGCUGGACGGGGGCCUUUCUGGACGCAGUGGCACUGCCAGCGGUGGCAGCACGCCUCAUCUGUCCGGGGGCCCGGGACCAGGACGUCCUAGCUCUAAAGAGAGCCGGCGCAGCGACACGUGUGAGUUCUGUGGCAAGGUUUUCAAGAACUGCAGCAACUUGACGGUGCACCGGCGCAGCCACACGGGUGAGAGGCCCUACAAGUGCGAGCUGUGCAACUACGCCUGCGCGCAGAGCAGCAAGCUCACCCGCCACAUGAAGACGCAUGGGCAGCUCGGUAAGGAAGUGUACCGCUGUGACAUUUGCCAAAUGCCCUUUAGCGUCUACAGCACGCUAGAGAAACACAUGAAAAAGUGGCAUGGCGAACAUUUGAUGACGAACGAGGUCAAAAUUGAACAAGCUGAGAGAAGCUAAGCCAGAUUUCCCAUUUGCCUCACAAUUCCUUGAAUAUUAAAAAGAGGGUAGCUGGAUAUUCUGUUUGUUUUCCUUUUCAAAUAAUAAUAAUAAUAAUAAUAAUAAUAAUAAUAAUAAUUUCAAUUAGAUUUGCCUAAGAAACUGCCAUCUGAGAAAAAAUGACAGAAGCUAAGGGAAAUUGGAGCGGGUCUAAACUGCCUAAUUUGGCAUUUUUUUUUUCCAGUCUGUCAGUCUAACAAUGGACGAAUUAGAUGAUGUUUAAAUGGAGCCUUUAACUGUGCAAUAAUUUCUGUAUUUAUUGGAUUUCGUAAUGUUUUGGCAUGUGCAGGUGCAUUUUUCUUUUUUUUUUUUUUUUUUUUUUUUUGUUCAUUGUCUUACUUUUAAAUUCAAAUGCUGUGAUUUUUUUUUGUUGUUGUUGUUGUUAUUGUUGUUGUUUUUUAAACCCAGACAAAAACAAAAACCUGAGAUUGAAUUUUUAUCCACGACAGAGUACAAAUUUGAGAGAUCUUUAGGCCGCUGCUCAUGAAAUUGUAUAUUUAAGCUACAUGUAAUUUCUUGAAGAGAAGCCGGGUUCGAUCUUCGAUUUUUUUUUUUUUUUGAAAGAAACUGAGAAAGCUAUCUUUGUGUUUGUUUUGUUUUGUUUUGUUUUGUUUUGUUCGUUGGUUUGAUUAGUCAUAUUAGGAUAUAAGCGGACAACAAUCCUUAGACUUUGUAGCGUGAACGCAUUCCAGACGUGUCAAUCUAAUAGGAAAUGUAGCACUGAAUGUCGGACGUGACGGUAAAUCUGGAGGAUCGCGGAGCUCGGGUUCUACGUAACGCAGAGAGAGAAGGUAGUUCCGGUACUAAGUACCGAUCCAGACGACACCAAUCAAGCAAAAAAUUUUGCUUCAGUUCUUGCUCAGAUGCUAACAGGUGUACGACCUCAAUUAACGAGAACAGUUUUUUCCCCACCUCUUUUCGAACGCCGACUCUUUGGUUGUUUGGACGUUUCGUUGCGUCGUUUGCGCUUACAUUUCUUGAGCAGGACGGCUAGCGCGAACUCCGACUAUCAACAUGACUACCUACCUAGCUAUGAUUAGCGCCACGUUUUUACAUAAACGCGGCUAAUUAUAACCACGCUGACAUUCCACAGACAGCCAUACGGUCUUACAUGGGUUGAUAUCGAAGAUUAUGCAGGAGAAAUACUAGUUAUUAUUAUUAUCUUAGCUAGCAGUUCUGAUUCGAAUGAUCUGAUGUACAUUGAUGAACGUUCGGGCGAAACGCCGAACCGAUUUAGCCAGAUUAGCGGAAAGCUUUCAGUCAUACACUCAUUAAUCAUAUGUCAAAGUGCAUUUGUAUGUAUAUACCAAUCAUUUUGAGAAUUAAAUUUAUAAUGUACUGUAAAGGUGAAUACAGACACAAGUCGUAUGCACGGAAAAAAAACACAAAAAACAAAAUAUGUUUUAAUCUGUUUAAGCGAAAACAGUAAGACUUUCUUUUUCUUUCUCUCUUCUCAUUCAGGACUUCCUGUGAUGUGUAGUUGAAGUAGCAACACGCAUAAAGAAUGCGCAGCUGAUUUUUUUUUUUUUUUUUUUUUAAAGCUCCCCUUUCCUUCCCUCCUCCGCCCACCCCCCCACCCCUUUUU